UGUUUCAUUUCUGUGGCCGGUGGUCGUCCUCUGGUCACUUUAUCUUCCGUCAUGGCCCCCGCCAUGAAGUGGAUGGCGAAAAAGACCACGGAAAGUGAGGAGAAGCCAGCGAAGGGCAAGGGCAAGUCUAAGAAGGAGACCAACAAAGGAAGCUCCGAAUCCCGUGGCAAGGAAAAGGGAUCGCAUCAAUCCUGGUCCUGGAACGACUGGGAGUAUGACUCGUGGGGAUGGAACGAUUGGGGAAACAGCAAACCCAAGUCCAAGAAGGGCAAGGGAGAGGAGGAGAAGGGAUCCAAGGGCAAGUCUAAGGGCAAACACGAGGAUCGAGAUGACGAAAAGAAGGGCAAGGGUAAGGGCAAAGGCAAGUCCGAGAAGGGCGAUUGGCCUCCCGUGAACGGCGCCAAGACCGUGGCAGAGGUGGAAGCGGAGAUGUCCAAGGGCAAGAUCGAAAGGGUGAAGCGUAAUCCCGACUCCGGUGGCAAGCAGCCGGUGGAAGCCACGGGGUCCCAUUGCCAGGUGCACAAGCACAGCGGCAUGGGCUGCGCCGUGGUUUCCUUGAGCACCGCCGAAACGCGCGAGGCCAUCAUGUGCUAUGCGGAGAAGACCUUCGGGCGAUCGGCGGCCGGGAAGCUGGAGAUGGACAUUGCGGAUGUGAAGGUGCAGCUGAAGAGGCACAAGGACAAGGGCUCUGGCCGCGAAGUGGUGACCGACAUCUUUGUGGCUUGGGGACAUCAGCAAGAGAAGGACUCGCCAUUGACGGUGGAUGAGAUCGCCCAAUUCUUCGAUCAGCUCUACGAGGACACCAUGAACGCCCCCCCAGGCAGCAUCGGUCCCGCGCCGGUGCCCGCGGGAGCCCCCGCCGCGAUGAUGGCGGGGCGGGGCGCCCUGCGACCGCCGCCGCCACCAAUGCACAUGGGACAUCCACCAAUGCCGCAACCCAACCCCUACUACAACGCUAUGUAUGGCGCUAUGAUGAACCCGGCCAUGCACGGCGCCAUGAAUCCCUACAUGCAGCAGCAGCUUGCUGCCCAGCAGGCGCAAGCAGCAGCCUAUGCGGCCUAUCAUCAACAGAUGCAGCAGCAGCAGCAGUAUAUGCACAUGUAUGAAGCCUCCAAGGGCAAGUGGGGUGGCAAGGGCAUGAAAGGCGCUGGCAAAGGCAAGGAGCAGAAAGGCGGGGAUGAUGCAGCCGCUGCCGCCGCCGCGGCAGCUGCCGCAGCACCGGCCCCAGCACCAGCGGAAGGGGAAGAGAAAGCUGAUGCGACCGCGGAGGGUGCCGAAGUUGCGGCGGUUCCAGGAGUGCCCGAGUUCUCGCCACCAAAACCUCGGUUGCUGCAGAUCGUGGAUCCCACAAGUGGAAAGCCUAUUGAUACUAUCAGUAUGAAUUUCGCUCCUCGGAAACCUUCCACACCGCUACAGAUCAAGAACCCAACCACGGGCGAAGCAGUGGAUGUGGAAGGGGCGAAGAGCUAAGAGGAAGAAGACGCUGGAGAUCGGUUGGCAGAUUCCGUUCAUCGAACACUGAGGGCACGGCCUUUGAAAUUCGGACGUCCGCGUCGGCUCCUAUCUGUAUCAUAGAUCGGUUCUCAAAUUUUGGUCUCGGUUUUCUUCCCCCGCAGACCGGACAACCCACAGGGAAGAGGAAUAGUUCAA